AAAAUUGAGAUGGAUUAGCAAUUACUUACUACUUCUUGUACCGAAGAUGAUGAAGAUAAAAACACCUUAAAAUAGGUCUAACUUAUAGUAUUCCCAAAAAAGUUUCUUAAUCCCUUCUCAACAUUUAGAAUGAAUGGGGUAAUAUUCCUUUUUUACUUUAUAACCAUAGGAUUUUCAUCUAUAUUCUGAUGCCAAAAAUAUUGUCUUCAAUAAUAAUCUAAAAUUAGGUGUUAGUAGCUAAAAUCCUUACAAAAAGGUCUCUAAUGUUAUAAUUGAAAAGGGAAGACUCAUUAUUUAAUACAAUUAACUAGACUUUUCUAUAACCCCAUGGGAAUACGUUGUUAAAAAAUUAGAUAGUUAUGGUGAUGCAAAUACCCAUGAACUGAGUCAAUACAUUUAAAAAUACAUUGAAUCUCUUAAAAAUGGUCUUGAACAAGUACAAGGAACAUUCGAAGUACAUUUAUAAACUUAACUUUUAUUUAGAAUCAUGUAUCCAAUUAUAGAGCCUCAGGACUUUAUCAAUACAAAUAUAUUAAAGAUCUCGACCAGCUAUUUAUCUGCCAAGUCUAAUAUGACAUUAACCUCAUUGAAGAACUUGGCUAUAACGUAUCAAAAUUCAUUGAUUCAUGUCUUAAAUAUGGAAUUCCAGAGUAAUUAUUUUAUUUCAUUUCUUUUCAGGAUUUCUCUCAAGUAUGGAAGCACAAAUUAAGAAUAUUACAAAAAUAUAAUGGAAUUCGCAAAACCAUUAGCACAUCCAUAACAAAAUCAAGAAUAUUAUUUAUAUUCUCAUCUUUAUCCAGAGGUAUUAAUAAAUCUAUACUAAAAGGGAUUAAAGACUGAUGUAUCUUUCAAAGUCGAACACUUAUAAACCUCAACAGAUGAAGACCAACUUAUCAACUUUAAUAUUUAUUACAAUUAUUAACCAUAGUAAAAUCGCAUCUCUUUCAAUAAUAACGACAAAAAAACUAAACAACACAAUUGCAUUUCACAUUACUAUUAACUUUAAGAGAACCAAUUUCUUAGAUGUGGAUAUAAAAAAGUCAAAUUGUGAACAUUAAUUAUUCCUAUCGAAAUUCCAU